AAGAGUAGAGGGAAAUCAAGUGGUGCUGCAAAUAUAACAGAGAGAGCAUCCUCUAGGUUUAACAGUAGGUACUUUGGAGAGAUAGUUGCUAAAUUGGAUGAUCGUAAAAAGAAGAUUAUUCAGGAUCAUAGCUUUGGUAUAUUGCUAGAAUAUGAUGGCUGUUCUGCACCUAGAGGCUUUGUACAGUGGAUAGCAGAUCAAGUAGAUUUAAACUGCUGUGACAUAGUUGUUGGGGGGAAAGUGAUUCCAUUUUCAGCAGAGGCAAUUCGUCUUUUCUUAGGACUUCCAAUAGGUGGUGAUGAUAUUAGAGAGAAGCAUAAUGACUCUAUGAAGAACAAAUUUCUCUCUGAAAUCAAUGAAACUUCUCUACCUCUUGUCAAGACUUUUGGUGAGAAGUUGUUAGGUGACAGUUUGUCCGAUGAUGAUGUGUUUCGCUUCUUUAUGGUUGUUGCAUUGUCUACAUUUUUAUGUGCAAAUUCCAGUACUCUGCCCAGCCCACAGUACCUUGGCGCUUUGAUUGAUGUAUCUAAGGUGAAAGAAUGGGACUGGUCCAAGUUUGUGUUUGAUUGGCUGUUUGCUUCAAUUUCAAACUAUAGAAAGAAGAACAGAAGCACUAUUGGUGGCUGCAGAUACUUUCUUGCUGCUUAUUAUCUUGAUUUUGUCAACUUUGGAAAACGGCAUGAACUCCCCCCAAGUCUGCCAAGGAUCCUUUGUUGGAAGGGCUCGAUGAUUAAGAUAUUUGCUUCUUAUGAUCAUGUGUCUGGUGAUAAGUAUGGAAAGCGCCCGGUGAAAUGUAUUGAGGAUACUUGCUAUGCUGAAGCAUCCCUACCGGCAGAUGCCUGUGAUUCUUUUAGGAGUUCUCUGGAUAAACAUUGCAACUUCAUCCAUAAAAAGCACAAAGACAAUAUGUGUCAGCUUUUCAAAGAGCACCAUUCAAGACUAGGCUAUAGGAGUCCCGGCACACUUGUUGCCAAAAUGUUCAAGUACCUGUAUGAGUCUUAUCGAGAUCGUGAUGCUGCUGACCCAUCUUUUGAGGCUGAGAAUUCUAGUGAUAGAGUGUCUUCUCGAGCACAUGAUAAUGUUGUUCAUGAAGGUGUUGGUGCUGUCCCUGCAGAAGUUGAAAGCCCACUGCAUUCUCCUGCACAUGGUAUUGUUCCUGAAGUUGUGUUGGAUGAGGAAAUGGAUGUUGUGAAAGAAGUUGAUGCUGCUGGUUGUAUAGAUGGCAUUGUGAAAGAUGUCCAUCCCAAUAUUCCUUCUCCUGCUAUGAUCCCUGAAGUUGUUCCUAAAGAUGUCUUGGAUCAGAAAAUGGAUGCGGUGAAAGAAGCUGAUGCUGCUGGUUGUAUAGAUGGCAUUGUGAAAGAUGUGCAUUCCAAGAUUCCUUCUCCUACUGUGAUCCAUGAAGACGAAGCUUCUGUGACUGAGAAAAUCGAAUCAGAUGGCUUAUAUGAUGCUUUUGGUAGUGACUAUUGUGCUGAUUCUCAGUCAACUGAGAUUCUUCCAUCAAAUAACUCAUCUGCCCAUGAUUCAGGUAGAAGGAAGAGGAAGAGGAAACACAAUGCAUCAUCACAAACUUCCAGUCAUGAUAGUGUGGCUUCUAGGACUAGACAUGGACUAUCUCAACGUCUUGGAAAAUCGCCUCUCAGUUGCAUAAAGGCAAGUGUGCUUGAUCAUAAUGGAAUUGGAGGUACAAAGGAAAAUCCUGUAGUUAUUGAGGAAGCCCCAAUCAUAAUUUCUAAUGAUGCAAGUAAACAUCAGAAUCUUGAACUAAAAGCAAAUGUGCUGCAUGAUACUGGUAAUGGAGGUUCAAAUGAUAGUCCUAUACUUGUUGAAGAAGCCCCGGAGUUAGCUUCAAAAGCUGCAACCAAACGUCAGAAGCUCGAACUUGACAAUGCAUAAUUAGAUGCUUCCAAGAAUGUCCAAAAUCUUUCUACUCCCUACCAUUCAAAAGAAGCUGAACUAGUUGAGAAUGCACCGCAUGCUUUGGAUCGUACUGCAGGGAAAGCACCUGUUAAGAAACCUUGUAUGAAGACGAAGCUUCCCUACUUCAAUAGUCCUAGCAUGCCAUCUUUUAGAAUCUUUGAUGAUGAGGAUGAUAUGGGAAACUUUGUUGAAGAUCCUAAACUAAGACGUCCUAUUGGUCCAGUAUCUAGUACAGCUUGUACUUCAAAUGAGAAUCAACAGAAAGGAGUUGCUACGACUACACGUCUUCAGCCCCAAGUUGAAGUUCAAUCUGAGAGUAGCUUCUACUUCCAAUUUUGCCCUGCACAAGAAAAUUGGACUUUUAUUGACCGGAUGAGUUCUAAUCCUUUUGGUGGAGGUAGUAACUUGAGCAAUGAGGAAGCUGUUGAGACUGAAAUUAGAAAUGACAAUACUAAAACUGAACCUAUUGCUAGACCUCUUUCAUCCCAUCAAGGUGGGAGUUUUGUAUCUGCAAAAAGUAUGGGAAGCAAUGGUUUAUCAAACGACUCUGAGUCAUUGUCAAAUCCAAGUCCUUGGUACUCUUCUAGUGCAAAGCUAGCUCUCCAUCGUCCUAAAAGGUUUGUGAUCCCAAGCAAAUUCAAGAUGAGCCCUUAUAUGACGCCUCAUUCGAAGGUAACAGUAUCCAGACUUGAAGCUGAUGUGUAUGGCGUUGUUUUGAAUAUGGCAGAAAGUGAACAUUCUGAUCUUACAGUAAUCAAUUAUGGGCAAGUUGUUGUCAAAUUAAGUGCACUAGCAAGUUCUCUUAAGCCUCAAGGGAAGGUUCAUUACUUUGUAGUGAAUGCUUUGUGCAGACUGUUAUUCCAUAGGAAACACCCCAAGAAUUCAUAUAAGCAUUAUUUCUUCUCUAAAGUUGGCGACUAUUUAAUUGGAAAUCACGGUCCUAAUGAUAGCAAGGAGAAGGAGCUAUAUGAGAAUGCUGUUAAAUGCUUUAAGGGUGCUUCUCGUGCAAGGUCAUUAGCACACACU